AUGCGUACACGGUCGCAAAGUCUAGUUGCUAAACGAAAAAUUCAAGAUGACUUGACAAGUUUGGGGCAAGUUGAUGAAGAACUGACUUUGGCGAAUCAAACAACAGUAACAACAUCCAAGCGCCGAAAGAAAGCAAAAGCAUUGCCCACAGAGGAUCAAAUAGAAUCAGUUGUAGUCGAAAAACGUCUUCAUUGCUAUCGUCCAAGACCUACAAUCGCUAUUCGUGUUCGUAUUCAACGUGCUUUGAGCCAACGGCUCUAUCUAUUGGCUGCUAGUUCCACACAAGCUGAACCUCUCUAUCGGGAAUAUAAGGUGUUCGGGCAGACGGGCAAUGUCUACACUGUGAUCAUUACUCAUCUACCAUCGUGUACUUGUCCCGAUCAUGCGAAUGGUUAUCUAUGUAAACAUAUUAUUUUUGUUUUGCAUCGUGUCCUCAAAGUUGAUCGUCGUUCGCCAUUACUUUAUCAAAAAGCGUUAUUGACCAAUGAAUUAAACGAGAUUUUUGCCAAAGCUGACCUACAACGGAGUGGAACCUUCAACGACUCAAAUGUUCUUGCUGAACAAGAGGUACGUGAAGCCUAUCGAGUGACAACUGGCGAUCCUGAUACAAUUUUCGACACUGUUGUGGAUGUCACACCGACAAUGGCGACGACAACAACAGCAACGAUGGUGCAACAAAAGCCGAUCACAGCCGAUGAUGAUUGUCCAAUUUGUUUUGAAUCGAUGGAAGAUGAAACAAACGAUGCCAAUAAUGAAUUCGAUCGAUCAAUAACUUGUAUUGAAUAUUUGUCUAAUGAAUUUUUCAAUGAAAUAUUUGAUCAUCUUGAUGGUUACAAAAUAUGCAAAGCAUUUUCAAAUCUUAAUCAAGGUUUUCAAAAUCUUCUCAAUUCUUCAUCACUUUUAUUUAAAAUUGAUCUUAACAAUUCAACAUAUUAUAUUUAUCCUAAAAGUUUUUCUUAG